CAGCUCCCAAAUCCCAACUUGUACUACAUUUUUUUCUUCUUCGUCUUCCAUCUUCGAGGCAAAAUAAGGGAUUCAACUGAUUCGAUCAAGCUCUGUUCCCCUGAAGUGACUACUUAUUGCGGCAGACCAAACAAAAAGUAACAUAUCAUGGCAGAGGCAGACUUAGAAAAUUUGCUACUGGAGGCCGCAGGAAGAACUGGGUCGUCAGGGAGGAACCGACACUCUCGUCCUCCAUCCAGGAGGAAACGGGAAGGUUCGUAUUCUGAUGAUGGAAGUGACUCCAAGGAUGAUGAUUCUGAUGAUGACAGAGGCUAUGUAAGCAGAAAAGCAUCUGGCUCUCAUGUUCCGCUCAAAAAGAGACUUGAGAAGGAUGAUGAGCGGGGAAGCCGGAGAGAUGAUGACGACUAUGAAGAUGAAGAUCGUCGAGGUGGCAGCAGUGAAGAUUCUGAUGUCGGGAGCGACCUUUACAAGGAUGAAGAUGAUAGGGAAGAGCUUGCAAAAAUGACCGAACUUCAAAGGGAGAUGAUCCUGUCAGAUAGAGCACAAAAAAGAGAUGAUCAACGGCUUACAGAGAGGGUUAGAGCAAAGCAGAGUAGUGGGAAGAAGAUGCAACCUGGAAAAGAGACCCCACAACCACCAUUAUCCCGUGUACGUUCUUCUGCUAGGUCUGCCGAGAAGGGCGCUGCCAAAAAUGAUGCAUUGAACGAGCUGCGGGCAAAGAGGAUGAGACAUCAAGACCCUGAAGUUCUUCGGAAGAGGGAUGCAUCCAGAGGUGGAACAUCUGUUGGCCGGGAUUCUUCCCCAAACAGAAGAAAACCCCACGCGGAAGCGAGUCCAAGUAGUUCGAGCCAAAGCGAGAGUCAUAGUGGAAGCCAUAGUAGAGGUGACGGGUCAGCUGGAGAUGAGGGCAUGGGAGAUAGUGACGAUGACAGACUGGAUGCUCUAACUUUCGACGAUAUCAAGCAAAUUACAAUCCGGAGAUCCAAACUAUCAAAGUGGUUCAUGGAACCCUUCUUUGAAGACCUAAUUGUUGGUUGUAUGGUUAGGGUCGGGAUUGGUAGAAAAAAGAAUAUGGCCAUUUACAGGUUAUGCAUGGUGAAGAAUGUGGAUGCCUCAGACCCUGAUAAACAGUACAAGAUGGAUAACAAGUAUACACACAAGUACUUGAACUGUGUCUGGGGCAGUGAUAACUCGGCAGCUAGAUGGCAGAUGAUCAUGAUAUCAGACUCCCCUCCACUUGAGAGUGAGUUUAAUGAAUGGAUGGAUGAGCUGGAGCGUAAGGGUGGAAGGAAGCCAAGCCGCCAGGAAGUGCUAGAAAAACAGGAAGCUAUACAAAAAGCUCUAACUUAUGUUUACUCUGCCGCCACUGUGAAACAGAUGCUGCAAGAGAAGAAAUCAGCAUCAUCAAGGCCUUUGAACGUCGCAGCAGAGAAGGACCGCCUGAGGAGGGAAAUGGAUAUUGCAGAGAGCCGUCGUGACAUGGGGGAAGUGGAGAGGAUCAGAGCAAGGUUACUCGAGCUGGAGUCUUCUCGGCAAUCAAAGUUAAAAGAUACCAAAGCUUUGAGGCUAGCAGAGAUGAACAAGAAAAAUAGGGCUGAAAACUUCAAGAAUGCAUCUGAAUUAAAGCCUGUGAAUACAGGUCUUAAAGCUGGAGAAGCUGGAUAUGACCCAUUUUCUAGAAGAUGGACUAGGUCUAGAAACUAUUACGUACCGAACGCUGCGGAAGGAGACGAGACUGCUGCAUCAGCUGAUGGCGAUGCUGCUGCUGAGGUAGCAGCAUUAGCGUUUGGAUCAGGCAGUAAUGUUGUUGGUGGUUUAGCAGCCACUGCUGCAGCUUUGGAAGCAGCAGCGGACGCAGGGAAGUUGGUGGAUACAAAUGCACCUGUGGAUCUUGGAACAGAAUCAAACUCGCUGCACAAUUUUGAUCUGCUAAUCUCAUUAACAGAGCUUCAAAAGUUUGGAGGAGCUCAGGCAGGAUUCAUGGCGAGGAAGCAGAGGAUAGAGGCAACAGUUGGAAAACGUGUACCAGAGAAUGAUGGCAGGAGGCAUUCUCUAACACUCACAGUGAGUGAUUACAAGCGACGGAGAGGUCUUCUUUGAGACUUGAGUGAACCCCCUUUGGGCAACAGGUAAAGGAUUGUCCUCUUUACUUUUGGUAUUGAACUGGAACUGGAACAAUAGUGAAGUAACUUAUGUCAAAACUUGCCUCACAUUGUUACUGCUUUGUAGAACUAUCGUGCAAUUGCUAUGCUUUUUUUUGCAACAAGGAUUAGGGCGAAUAUGGGUUUUCCCAACUAAACUAGCAGCAAAUUUAUGUUCAACAUGUUCAACAAUUGGAUUAAAAAUCUGAAAAGAAACUAUUUUAUUCUGGUGAACAUUCUUGAGCUUGGACAAGUCUUAACAAUGUGUACUAGACUGUCUAUCUUUGCUUGCUUUCAUUCAGGGAUUUUGCACCCUUGUCUUUGUCUAUCUUAAUUAAGGAUGCCAUUUGGUCA